GAUGAGAGAAAGGAAAGGUCUUGGAUUCUUCGAAGGGUCCUUGGGCGGCCCCCGAAACCAGCCCAGUGUUUGAUUGAAUUUACGGUUUCUGCCACUCGCCGAAAGAAAAGUUUGUUGGAAGGCAAGGACAGGAGGAAGAAACGAAAAAGGAAGGGACUGGGGAGAGAGAGGAGAGAAGAAGAAAAGUAAAAGUUCGGGGCUUCGCUGAGACAACACCAAAGAAGAAGAAGAAGGGAGCUCGUUCUGGUCGUCAUCAUCAUCAAGCUCGAUCAACUCUGGGUCAGUUCCAGAAGAACACGAAGCAGUUUGCUGGGUUUUGCUGUGUGUUGAGCUGGGAGAAUCCGGAAGAUUUGGACUUUUGAUUGUGGGUCAGAUUUGCAUAGCAGACUGGAGCUUGAGGGGUUCAGAUCGGGAAACGAAACAAGGGUCUCGUAUCGAUUGGGAAUUCCAUGUCUGGGUUCAGCUCAGUGAGCAAAAAGUGACCAUUUGAGGGGGGAGAGAAAUCAGAAAGAUGUGGAUUGGAUAAGUGGAUUUGUUGAGUCAAGAAAUUAUUUUGGUUAGUGAAUCUUGGAUGGAAGAGAUUGGUGCCCAAGUUGCUACCCCGAUUUUCCUCCGUCAAUCACUUUCGUCUCGAUUCUGCGACCCGCCGGCGGCCAUGGCCAAGAAGAAGCGGGAUCUCCCUUACCAGGCCCCGAACUAUCAACACCCGAAUUCGCAGACGCUUUUCGGAAACCCGGGUUCCAACAGCUGGAACCCCAACGUUUGGGACUGGGAUGCAGUGAGGUUUGUAGCCAGGCCACUGGACACCGAGAUGAUGGGCGCUUCGAAUUCAGAGCCCAGGAGGAAGGAGGAAGCUGCCGGAGGAGCUGUGAAGAGCACGGCUGUGGCUGUGGAGGAUGAGGAUGAAAGGCUUCAGCUGAAUCUGGGUGGUGGUUUGGCUUCUGUGGAGGAGCCGGCGGUGUCCAGGCCGAAUAAGAGGGUCCGGUCUGGAUCUCCGGGGAAUAAUGGUGGAAGCUAUCCCAUGUGCCAGGUUGAUGAUUGUAAAGAGGAUCUGUCGACUGCGAAAGACUAUCAUCGCCGGCAUAAAGUCUGUGAGAGUCACUCUAAGUCCACCAAAGCCCUUGUUGCCAAGCAGAUGCAGAGGUUCUGCCAGCAGUGCAGCAGGUUUCACCCCCUUUCAGAGUUCGAUGAGGGGAAGAGAAGUUGCAGAAGGAGACUUGCAGGGCAUAACAGGCGAAGAAGGAAAACCCAGCCUGAGGAUGUUACCUCAAGGCUCACAAUCCCUGGUGAUGGGGAUAACAAAACUAGUGGAAAUUUGGAUAUUGUUAGCUUGCUAGCUGCUAUUACUCGUCCACAAGGGAAAACUGAUGUCAGAAAUACCAACAGCUCGUCAGUACUGGACAGAGAGCAGCUCCUUCAGAUUCUUAGUAAGAUAAACUCUUUGCCGCUGCCAGUAGACCUGGCUGCCAAGUUGCCGAAUCUUGGAAAUUUAAAUUGGAAAGCUUCAGACCUACUUCCUUUAGAUCUUCAAAACAAAUUGAAUGGAAAAACAUCUGUGUCAACCUUGGACUUGAUCACUGUUCUUUCAGCUACUCUAGCAACACCUUCUGACACUCUUGCUAUAUUGUCUCAAAAGAGCAGUCAGAGUAGUGACAGUGAGAAAACUAAGUUAACAUGCUCUGACCAGGAGAGGCCUAAUUUGCAGAAGAGGUCUCCUCAAGAGUUUCAUUCAGCUGGGGGAGAGAGAAGUAGUACUAGCUACCAGUCUCCGGCAGAAGAUUCAGACUGCCAGGUUCAAGAGACUCGAGUCAAAUUACCUUUACAGCUAUUCAGCUCCUCACCCGAGGAUGAUAGCCCACCAAAACUGGCUUCCUCUAGAAAGUAUUUCUCUUCUGACAGUAGUAAUCGCACAGAGGAGAGGUCUCCAUCAUCAUCACCUCCAGUGAUGCAAACACUGUUUCCCAUGAAGAGUAUGGCAGAAACUGUCAAGUCGGAGAAACAGUCAAUAAGCAAAGAGUGUAAUUUGAACUUGGACUAUAGCUUGAAUGGUGGUAGUAACUUGCCUUUUGAUCUCUUUAGAGGGUCAAAUAGAGGUGCUGUGAGCUCCUCUAUUCAAAAUUUUCCACAUCAAGCUGGCUACACAUCUUCUGGUUCUGAUCAUUCACCAUCUAGUUUGAAUUCUGAUCCUCAGGAUCGUACUGGAAGAAUAUUGUUUAAACUAUUCGAUAAGGAUCCCAGUCAGUUACCAGGGACACUGCGGACUCAGGUCUAUAGUUGGCUUUCCAACAGUCCUUCUGAAAUGGAGAGCCACAUACGGCCUGGUUGUGUGGUCCUAUCAGUUUAUGUGUCAAUGCCAUUUGCUGCCUGGGAGCACCUUGAAGAAAACCUGGUCCAGCAUGUGAGUUCUUUGGUUCAAAGUUCAGAUUCUGAUUUUUGGAGAAGUGGAAGGUUUUUAGUAAAUACAGGGAGGCAAUUAGCUUCUCAUAAAGAUGGAAAGAUUCGUCUAUGCAAAGCAUGGAGAUCAUAUAGUUCCCCAGAGUUGAUCUCUGUGUCCCCUUUGGCUGUUGUGGGCGGGCAACAAACCUCUCUUUCAAUAAGGGGUAGAAAUCUGACUAAUCAUGGCACCAAGAUCCAUUGCACGUACAAGGGUGGUUACACAUCAAAGGAAGUUGGAACGACAUAUCAUGGAACCGCUUAUGAUGAAAUAAAUUUGGGGAGCUUUCAAAUUCUUGAUGCAUCUCCCGGUGUUCUAGGUCGCUGUUUCAUAGAGGUGGAGAACGGUUUUAAGGGAAACAGCUUUCCUGUGAUUAUAGCUGAUGCUACUAUCUGUAGAGAAUUGAAUCUCAUCGAGUCUGAGUUUGAUUCGGAGAGAAAGGUUUGUGGUGCAAUUUCAGAAGAUGAAAAUCAUGAUUAUGGGCGGCCCAGGUCAAGGGAGGAAGUUCUGCACUUUCUGAACGAGCUAGGAUGGCUCUUCCAAAGGAAACGGAUCUCUUCCAUGUUUCAAGGGUCCGGCUACUCUCUUAGUCGUUUCAAAUUUUUACUCACAUUCAGUGUUGAGAGAGACUUUUGCACUGUGGUGAAAACACUUUUAGACAUAUUGGUAAAUUUCGAUGGUGAUGGGCUGUCAAGAGAGUCAUUGGGGAUGUUGUCAGAUGUCCAGCUGUUAAACCGGGCUGUAAAGAGGAGGUGCAGGAAGAUGAUUGACUUGCUUAUUAAUUACUCUGUGAUUAGCAGUGACAAGAAAUAUAUUUUCCCUCCAAAUCAUGCUGGACCGGGUGGCCUGACACCGCUUCAUUUGGCUGCUUCUAUGUCAAAUUCAGAGGAUAUGAUUGAUGCUUUGAUGAAUGACCCAGAAGAGAUCGGAUUGAGCUGCUGGAAUUCCCUUUUGGAUGGCAAUGGCCAGUCUCCAUAUGCUUAUGCUAUGAUGAGGAAUAAUUACUCUUACAACAAUCUGGUGGCUCGCAAACUUACUGACAAAAGAAAUAGUCAGGUUACCUUAACAAUUGGAAAUGAGAUAGAGCAAACUCAUAUGGGGAUAGAGCUGGAGCGUAGGAGAAGUAUCCAAUUAAGACAAGGCAGCAGAUCAUGUGCCAAGUGCGCACUUGCAGCAACAAAAUACACCAGGAGGGUUCCUGGUGCUCAAGGCUUGCUUCAGCGUCCAUUCAUUCAUUCUAUGCUCGCUAUAGCUGCUGUUUGUGUAUGUGUCUGCUUGUUCUUGAGAGGUUCCCCGGACAUUGGCUCAGUUGCUCCUUUCAAGUGGGAGAAUUUGGAUUUUGGCACCAUUUAGUCUUAAUAGUAAGAACAAUGGAGUAACGAGCAUGCGAGUUUGGGAUGACAUGCACUUUCCAGAGUAGCUUGCUUCCGGUGAUGUAGUUCUGGAAAAGUAAAAUAAUUUCAGCUAACAACCCAUUAAGGAGAGAGAAACAUGACCUGAGAGCAGGAAAUUCUGGGACAGCAGACGAAUUUGGUGUUCAGAUGCUGCAUGUUUCUUCUAACAAAUAUGAGGUCUGGGUAAUAUUUGGGGUAUGCUUUUCAUUUAGCUCUCAUUUGCGUCUGGAAAUAGGUAAAAUUUUCUGUCUUUUCCUCUUGGAAUGCGGGAAUGCUUCUGCUUUCAAGACCCUCAAUAACAGUUGCUGGAUGAGAUGAAAUGAUCGAGAUUGAAUGAUUGAGAUUGGGCAGAUGGUGAAUGCUCAUGGUAUGCACGCAAAAUUGAAAGGAGAGAUGCUGGAGACUGACACAGAAGGGAGAGAGAGAAGGUGAAAAUAAAAAAGGAAAGAAAAAAGCAGUUAUACCGUAAUUAGAAGUUCCACAUGGUUGAUGGUUAAUAUAUGGUGGGUUUCCCUUACUAGAUUUCUUUAUAACUUAUGGUGAUAAAGUUUCAAGUUAUUUGUGUACUGAUUUUGUCAGUGUAGAGGAUGAUGGAUCAUAGAAAUGACAAUUUCAUGGUAUUAAUUAAGCGUAAGAUAUUUGAUUAAAGUGUUGCCAAGAUAAGAGGCAGGUACAAGGUGGUGUAAGUUUUUGCAUUGUAGAUUUUUUAUAUUUUUUUGGUGUAAAUUAUCAAGAGAUUGAGAUUCUAUA